UCAGAAAUCUUUGGUCUAAAUCCUUUACAUAUUUUAAUAGCUAAAAUAUAAUCAUAAGGAAUAUCUUUAACUGAAAUUUCUUCAGAAAGGUACUCAUUCAUAAUUAUUCCGAAUGAAUAAAUAUUGCUACUUUUGUAUAUUGAUAUUAUUACUCCAUAAACUCCUUCUUUUUAUCUGAUUUUCUUUAUUAUUUGCUGAUUGUCACGUUCCUAAAUCACUUAUAUACAUAUGAAAAUCUUUAUGGACUUUUUCAGCAAUAUGAAUCCCUAAAAGUCCAUUUGCAAUCCUUGAUAAUUUAA